AUGGAGGGAACUCGUAGUGGACGAGGGCAUGGACAUGGAAGUAGGCAACCCUCUGAUAGAGGUACUGCGGAAACCUCGACUGGACCAAACCCUGAACCUAGGGUAGAUCUGAAUGUCCAGAUAGCUGCCGCUAUGCAGCAAAUGACCGACUUACUGGCCCAUGUAGUGCAACAACAGGGCCACAACCCUAACCCACCUGUCGGGAAUCCCAGAAACCCUGGGAACCAUGUAGAGAGCGAGGAUCGAGCCCUCGAAAGGUUCCAAAAGUUCUCCCCACCGAAGUUUUUGGGAGGGCCUGAUCCAGACGUGGCCGAGCAGUGGCUGGAGAAGAUGAUAGAUAUUUUUACCGCCCUACACUACUUGGAAGAGAGGCAAGUUACUUUUGCGAUUUUUCAGCUUGAAGGAGCCGCUCGUUCUUGGUGGAACAUUACACGAACCAAGAGGGCGAGGCGUUUCCUUCAGGGGCUUAACGUAGAGAUACAAAAGGAUUUGGCUGUGGCCCAAAUCACUACCUUCAGUGAUGCUGUUGAGAAAGCUUUACGAUCUGGGAACGCAAGGCUCCAAGUGAGAAAUUUUCAAAAUAAAAAACGUGGAUUUUCUGGGAGUAGCUCCACUCAAGGGAAUAAGAGUACCCCUCCCAAAUUUGGAAGGGGAACUGGAGGAGGACGAUUUCCGGGUACGGCAAGAGGGGCUCCGCCAAGAGGUGGCCAGACGGGACGAGGCCAACAGAGGAGUGCCUCACAAGGGAGUUCCGCCACUGUUUCUCGUGGCCCGUGUGGGUUCUGUGGGAAGCCGAACCACACGGAGGAUAACUGCUGGAGAAAAGAGAAGAAGUGCCUACGAUGUGGGAGUGCGGAGCACCAGAUAGCCAGCUGUCCAGUUCAACCUCGAGAGGCGAGAGGGACGACACAAUCUCACUCUUCUAAGGCUACCUCAGGGCAGUCAAGAGUGGAAGGGGUGAAACCGAAGGUGCUUGCUCGGGUGUAUUCUAUCGAGCAGCGUCCUGUCCCUGAUUCGGCAGAGGUGGUGGAAGGUACGAUCCCUGUCUUCCACUGUCUAGCUAGAAUUUUGAUAGACCUCGGGGCCACCCAUUCUUUUGUUAACCAUGAUUUCAUGUGUGGAAUUGACAUUACCCCUAUUAGUUUGCCAUAUGAUCUAGAAGUAAGUACUCCCACGGGGAACCAGUGUUUGGUUACUAGUAAGAUGUAUGUAAACUGUAAAAUCUGGGUAGGAGAGAGGAAGUUAUUGGGGAAUUUAAUAAGUUUAGCCAUUAAGCGGUAUGAUGUGAUAUUGGGCAUGGAUUGGUUAGUUAGGUAUGAUGCCCAGCUGGACUGUAAGAGGGAAGUAGUGGAAUUCCAUAUCCCUGGAGAGGCGACCUUAAGGCUAGAUGUGAAGGGCGGUCUAGCCUCAUCUGCAAUGAUUUCGGGUAUUCAGGCUAGGAAACUAUUGAGUAGAGGGGCUCAAGGGUUCUUAGCCUUUCUCAUCAACACUCCCACUGAUAAGUUAAAAGUAAAAGAUGUUCCAGUAGUGGGCGAAUAUUCGGAUGUGUUUCCCAAUGAGCUAGUGAAUCUACCACCGCAAAGAGAGAUAGAAUUUGAGAUUAACUUGUUACCAGGGACUUCACCUAUCUCUAAGACCCCAUACCGUAUGGCACCUGCUGAACUUAAGGAGCUGAAGCUGCAGCUGCAAGACCUUUUGGAGCGGGGUUUUAUUCGUGAGAGUGGAUCUCCUUGA